CAGUGGCUUUGGGAGACCUCUGAGCUCUUGAUAUUGGUCGGACUGCUCUAAAUCUCUAGCUAAUCUUGUCCCAUAACCUGCAGCAAGAUGAGGUUGCAUGGGUGGCGUUCUAAAAAGGUGGCUGAAAAGGAGGAGCUCUUGCGAAAACGUGAAAAAGAAGAGCAUGAAAGCAAUAAAUUACAUGAAAGUAAUGAAUUACACGAAAUAGGAGAAACCCCAGCAAAAGAACCUGUUAAGAAAGGAUGCUUGAGCUGGAUUAUUGAUGUUAUUUUCCCCAUUCUCACAAGUGAAUAUGGACAAGUCAAGCUGACCAGGAAAAGAUCAUGUCUUAUUUUAUUGCUGUUCUACAGCAGUCGCAUAUUUUCAGCUUGGAGUGACAGAAUGUGGAAUUUUGCCAACUCACUAGUAGUUGUUCUCCUUUAUCCUGGCUCACUUCUUAUGCCUGGCGUGUAUGGCUUCUCUACAAGACUACUUCAAGCAAUAUUUGGGACUAUUGUUGGGGACUAUGUAGACACUAACCCAAGAUUGAGAGUUAUAUGGGUCUGUCUUAUAGUACAGAAUGGAUUUGUUCUCCUUAGUACUAUACUAUUUUCUGUCAUGUUUUAUUUUCAAUGGGACGUCUGUGGUCAUACCAUCAUAUUUGGCUCCCUUAUAGCCAUUGUGCUGCUUAGCUCCUCAAUAUCUAGUCUAGCAACAAUUGGUAACACCAUUGCUAUUGAGAAAGACUGGGUGGUGGUGAUUGCUGAUUACAACAAUAAAACUUUAGCUUUGCUGAAUGCAAACUUGCGAAGGAUUGAUCUAUUGUGUAAACUCUUUGCUCCUGUUGUUGCUGGUCUUCUUCUAUCUCAUACUCACUCCUUAGUCCCGUUCAUCCGCUAUGAUCUUGCUGGAGGAUUUGCUGCUACUGUAAUCAUUGGGCUUUGGAACAUUGUGUCUUACUUUGGCGAGCUCUCACUUCUGACUAUUGUGUAUAAAUUGAUCCCCUCUCUUGCUGACAAGAAGCUAAGAGACAAAGACAAGAAGGAGAAUGGGGAGGGAUCUUCAUCAAAAUGCAUUAAACUGUUAAAGAAGCUUGCUUCACCUUAUCGUACCCUAAUAGCUGGCUGGCAUAUUUACUGGAAACAAGAGACUAACCUGGCAGGCUUUUCGUUAGCUUCAAUAUUUCUCACUGUACUUGGUUUUAGUGGAGUCACUGCCACUUAUCUACUGACUCAAGGACUCAGUACUGAUUACAUUGGACUAGCUCAAGGCCUGGGAGGUCUUUUUGGCAUACUUGGUACAAUCUUCUAUCCAUUACUUCAACGUAGGAUAGGUACUGUACGUACUGGCCUGUUUGGAAUAACGUUUCAAAUAGUGAUGCUUCUGUUUUGUGUUGUUGGAGUGUUUUCUCCAGGGAAGCCAACCUCUGAUACUGGUAUAGGCUAUUAUUCACCAAACUGCUCUGGAAAUAGCAGCACAAUAUCUCCAAGUUCAACUGCUCUAUACUCCAGUUUGAUUUAUCCCUCUCCUUCAUUAUCAUUGUAUAGUGAAGCAUCUCCCUCUCCCUCUGUUACCCCACCAGCUGAAGGUAGUAAUGGAGGAUUCAAUAUUAAUAUAUCAAUCAUUCUAAUACUGGUGGGUGUAAUAGGGGCACGCUUUGGCCUUUGGAUGUUUGACCUCUCCAUCUGGCAGCUCGUCCAAGAGAAAGUAGUUGUUGAGGAAAGAGGUGUUGUCUCGGGUGUCAUAAACGCUUUGAACUCAAACAUGGACAUGUUACAUUAUGUAAUGGUAAUAGCAGCACCACGGCCAAGUGAAUUCCCAUAUCUGACCAUCAUAUCGUUUUUCAGUAUUUUUGUGGGCUGGAUCCUUUAUUGCUGCUACCUGCGGCGUGUCAGAGGACACUUGUUUCAUAAUCCUGCCGAGUAUUCCUGUUGUCGUUGUUGUGAUCAAGUUGAUGAGACGAGUAAAAAGCCUUUGAGUGUUGCGAAUCACUUGCAGCUUAAGAACGAUGGUGACAAAGAAAAAGACGAUGACCUUUAAUAUUGUUGUGAUUUCUACUGCAUGCCUAAAGUUUUUAAAAAA